AUGAGUGAAAGUGGCUUUACAUUGAUUUAUGAGCCAAAUACGGCAAGCAAAGUGUCGGUAAACGAAUACAAAAACUUGUUGGAAAAGGGAAAAGAUGACGUUAAAAUUGAUACAAUGAAGAAAAUUAUAGUCACUAUACUCAAUGGUGAUCCAUUACCGGAUCUUUUGAUGCACAUAAUCAGGUUUGUUAUGCCAUCAAAGAGCAAAGAAUUGAAGAGAUUGUUGUAUCAUUAUUGGGAGGUUUGUCCCAAACUUGAUAGUUCUGGUAAAAUGAGACACGAAAUGAUUCUUGUUUGUAAUGCUAUACAACGUGAUUUGCAACACCCAAAUGAAUAUAUCAGGGGUAUUACAUUGAGGUAUUUGACCAAAUUGAAGGAGCCUGAGUUGUUGGAGACUUUAGUUCCCAACGUUCGUCAAUGUCUUGAACAUAGACACGCCUAUGUGCGUAAGAAUGCAGUCUUUGCACUUUGGUCAAUUCACAAAGUUAGCGAUCAUUUGUGCCCCGAUGUCGACGAAUUGAUUUAUCGCUUUUUGUAUGAUGAAAAUGAUUCUGUUUGCAAAAGAAAUGCAUUUGUGUGUCUAGGUGAUUUAAACAGAAAUGCCGCUUUGCAAUACAUUCAGGACAACAUUAGUGUUAUUGAUUCAUUAGACCCAUUGUUGCAAUUGAGUUUUAUUGAGUUUUUCAAAAAGGACUCAUUGUUGAACCCAGCUUUGAAACAGCAAUACGCCCAAUUGGUUACUGAAAUGGUUGAAAGCUCGUCCAAUGUUGUUAUGUAUGAAGCUGCUAAUGCCCUUACUAGUUUGAGCUCGAAUUCAACAUCUAUUCUAUUGGCUGGAAGCAAGUUUGUUGAGUUGGCUAAUAAAGAAGCAGACAACAACGUGAAGAUCAUCACGUUGGAGAGAAUCAAAGAGUUGAAUAAACAGCACCCUGGAGUUUUGCAAGAUUUAUCUUUAGAGAUAUUAAGAGUGUUAUCUGCCCAAGAUGUGGCUGUGAGGAAGAAAGCGUUGGACGUUACUCUUGAAUUUAUCACCUCGAGAAACGUUGAAGAUGUUGUUAAAUUGUUGAAGAAAGAAUUGCAGGCUACUAGUUCAUCAAAUGAUGAUAAGAAUGUCGAGUACAGACAACUAUUGAUCAAUGCUAUUCAUCAGUUGGCUAUCAAAUUUGUGGAAGUUGCAGCAAACGUUAUUGACUUGUUGUUGGACACUAUUGCUGAUUUAAACUCAACGUCGGCUUACGAAGUCAUCACAUUUGUGAAGGAAGUUGUUGAGAAAUUCCCAAAUUUGAGAGAUUCUAUAAUCAAGAGACUCAUUCAGACAUUGCCAAACGUCAAGAGCGGGAAGGUGUUUAGAGGCGCAUUUUGGGUAAUUGGUGAGUACGCUCUAGACGAGCAUUUGAUUCAGGAUGCAUGGAAGUACAUCAGAUCAAGUAUUGGCGAAGUACCAAUUGUGGCUAGUGAGUUGAAGGGAAAAACACCAGCAAAUACAGAGGGAGGUGAUGAUGGACAAGAACACCCACAUAAGAAGAAGGGACCAGUUGUUUUACCAGAUGGUACGUACGCCACCGAGUCUGCGUUGACGGCCGAUGUCAACAGCAAUGGAUUCGAAGACGAGAAAAAGGCACCAAUAAGAAAACAAUUGCUUGCCGGAGAUUUUUAUCUCGGAGCUGUUUUGUCGUCCACCCUUGUUAAAUUAAUACUCCGUUUGCGCAAGUUGAACACACAAGAAAAAAUUUUGAAUGCUUUGAAAGCGGAGGCACUCUUAAUCAUGGUAUCGAUAUUGAGAUUAGGUGAAAGUUCAUUGGUUAAGAAAAAGAUUGACGAAGAUUCUGCUGACAGAGUUUUUUCCUACAUUCGAAUUUUGAAUGAUGAAGAGGAUGUUGAGGAAAUAACUACAAGUUUUCUUGAUGAUACCAAGGAUGCAUUUAAAGCACAAAUCACUGAUGUUGAAACUAAGAAGGCGGAGGAAGAGGCCAGAGACUUGCACGCCAAUGCUGAUCAAGUGGACGAUGCGAUUGCAUUUAGACAACUUGACAAGGACAACAAGUCGGGCAAUAAGGCGGUUGAUGAUCUCGCGGUAGCUUCAGGAAGCGACUUGAAAAAGGAAAAUUUGUCGUCCAGAUUGAACCAGAUUUUGCAGCUAACUGGAUUCUCCGAUCCAAUAUAUGCAGAAGCUUUUGUCAAGGUCCAUCAAUACGAUGUUGUCUUGGAUGUUCUUUUGGUUAAUCAGACAACAACAACUUUGCGAAACCUUUCAGUAGAAUUUGCUACAUUGGGUGAUUUGAAAGUUGUCGAUAAGCCAACUACGACAAACAUUGGGCCCCAUGGCUUUUACAAAAUUCAAACUACAAUCAAGGUUACUUCAGCGGACACUGGUGUGAUUUUUGGAAACAUUGUUUACGAUGGUCAACACUCUGAUGAGUCUACCAUUGUUAUUUUGAAUGAUGUACAUGUUGACAUUAUGGACUACAUCAAACCAGCUGUAUGCUCCGAAAGCCAAUUCCGUAAGAUGUGGAAUGAGUUUGAAUGGGAGAAUAAGAUCACCAUCAAGUCACCAAUAGACUCCUUGAAGAACUACCUAGAUGAGUUGAUGAAGGGAACCAAUAUGGAAUGCUUAACUCCUGGAGCUGUUAUUGGAGAAGAAUGUCAGUUCCUAUCGGCUAAUUUGUACUCGAGAUCGACAUUUGGCGAGGACGCGUUGGCCAACUUGUGUAUUGAGAAACAAAGCGAUGGACCAAUCAUUGGUCAUGUUAGAAUAAGAUCAAAGGGCCAAGGAUUGGCAUUGAGUUUAGGUGAUAGAGUUGCAUCGAUAUCACGGAAAGGUAAAAAUGCUGUUGUUACCCGAGUUUAA